ACUAGUGUGGUGAAAAACACCGGAAAUACGCUUAGAGUCACUGCACGUGUGUUCUGUCCUGCUACACAAAAUUGAUCUCUUAGUAAUAUCUUUCCCAUAUUUCGAAAAAUGACAAAGAUAAAGAAGGAGAAAACCGGCGAGGAAGAGACCGGGGGAACAGAAAAAUCAUACCAAGAAUUAAUAGCUAAUAUAAACCCCAUCGCAAACCCGCUUGCAUCGCGUAAACUAAGCAAAAAGCUCUACAAAUGCGUCAAGAAAGCUGCUAAAGUCAAACAGAUUCGACGAGGAGUGAAAGAGGUACAGAAGUUUAUCAACAAAGGGGAGACUGGUAUUGUGAUAUUUGCUGGAGACACUCUUCCCAUCGAGGUGUAUUGCCACUUGCCAAUCAUGUGUGAAGACCGAAACCUGGCUUAUGCUUAUGUCCCAUCGAAAGUUGAUUUGGGCUCGUCAGCUGGAUCCAAACGACCCACUUGUGUUAUCAUGGUCAAACCGCAUGAUGAAUAUAAAGAAGCCUAUGAUGAGUGUCUGGAGGAAGUCGCAUCUCUGCCUAAACCAAUCUAAGGACAUGUAUAUUCAAUCAUUCUAUUAAAAAGGAAAAUAAAAAAGGAA